UGGUUGGUGCCCCUACUGGUGAGAGCAAGCUUAUGCCCCUUGGAGUAUGGCACUUAACAGUGGCUAGUCAUCACGCGUCUUCUUCGUGGAAUAGUUUGGCGUCAGUACGGCACGGUGGAAAAUAAUGUCCAUGAAUUGGAUUUUGUGUGGAACAGUCUAUGAGGCUGGGCUUGAAUUGGUCAAUUCCUCUCCCUAUCAGUGACAUUUUUGUUGUCAUGCACAGAAAGGUAUUCCUGCUGACUGUUAAACUUGAAGCAAAACAAAGCAGAAAAAGCUGGUCAUCGGCCAAACACUGUAAUGAGGACAGGAACAGUAGGGUAAUGUCUACCACCAACAGGCAGGGGCACAAGGAUUGGACCCAUUGGUCUACCGGAAUAAUGGAAAUUAUUGUUGGAGUAACUGUCAACACGGCACAUGGCUACGGGAAAUUUGGAUUUUGUAUGGAGAUGUAUAGUCUAUGAGGCUGGGAUUGAAUCGGUCAAUUGCUGUUACAAGCUUGUGAAGAUGUAUGGUUCAUCCUCUGAUCCUCUCUUGUGCUGACUGUUACACUUAAAGCAAGACAAAGCAGCAAAAAGGUAUUCCUGAUUGCUAUUUCCAUCCUCUACCCCUGCUGGCCUGUCAAGUCUUGGUUCAGAAAAAUAGCUAUGGCCUAUCAAACUUCAACCUGGCUAUGGGCAUGAAAAUCUUCCUGUGAGCAAGAAAUUUGUUCAGAUUUACAGAAACUGCUAGUUGCUACUGUUCUGAGUUUUCUAGAAUAUCUGUUUCACCUUUACCGAAUUACCAUUAUCGUGCAAUUUAAUUAAAUGAAAAGUGCCAAUCUGGUUCCAGAAAUAUUGUAUUUGUUUAGAGGAAUUAAGAAAACACUGAAAUUUAUUUGUCCCUUGA